UAAUGAUCCCAAGAAUAUGAGGAUUUGCUACAAACUCAGUAGCAAGGUUCAAUCGAUACGAGAAGGUGAUGUCCUUCAAGACCAAGGCUAGAAGCAGAUGCCUAGAUUUCCUGGGAGGCUGUCUGACCAUCACUACUUUGGUCCUGAUCAUAGCAUACGGAACAUUCUUGUUCGUCAGACUAAUGAAGAGAUCAGAUUUCAGCUUGAAUCAAACCAUUGAAAAAAUCCAAGUUGCAGACGAUGUAAGCCUCAUAGACAUCACUCCCUUUGAUGAUAUCGAAUUCAGACUGAAUGUAAUUAAAACUGGUGGUUAUAAAGAAAAUCCUGCAAUUCCUUUGGAUGAAGCUUUGAAAUUUAUUGGCAUUAAAAUUUAUAAAAUCAAUGGACGCAGGUAUAAGGAUAUAUAACCGAAACAUUCCAAUCCUUAGAUUGUGAGGAAUCUUCUCUCACGAGUGACAAAAACACAGUGAAAUCUCUUUGACUUAAACUAGCCAAUACCCAAAUAACUAAGGAAGGUGAAGGCACUCUUAAUAGUGGAGGGCUCAAGAUUAGGGUCUUUCAUUGCCUUGAAAGUGUCCAUAAUGGCAUCUGUGAUAAUCCUGAAAUAAUGAAAAGCCUCAUUUCGUAUUAUAAAGUGGAUCUAAGGGUUGCCAGUAAGUAUGUCGACUUGAAUGACUUUGAAAAUCCUAUUAAGAGUUACUCUGAAGCACUUGAUGAAUGGAAGCUCUAUCCUAAUAUAGAAUUUGAGACUACUCAUUUUAUCCAAAGGCAAGAGGUGUAUCUUGAAGACUCUUUAUUUCCAACUUUGAUAGAGCCUGAACCAAUAAAGUUCAACAAGGUUAGCAAAAAGGAGAGCUCCCAGUUUCGGAUAAUCUAUCGAGAUAUAGAGUCAAAUAAUUCUCAUAUGAUGUUUUCUACAAUUAUUCGUUUAAGUGAUGAGGUCUUUAAGUUUCGCAGAAAGACAUUUACACUGAUGGAGCUAGUAGGUACUAUUGGAGGCAUCUUCGAAAUCUUUGAAGUCAUCUUUGCUCUAAUCCUUGGAAUUCUCUAUAAGUUUUACUUCAAGAAAUUCUUAGCCAGCGAGGUUCAGAAAUACUCAGUGCAGCUGGAUGAAACUCAAAAAGAAUUAGAACAACUCAAAGCUAUUUGCAAUGCAAAUUCUGAGUUGCUGAGAAAUACUCAUCAAUCUACUAAAAAUAGAGCCAUAAACAAGCUGGACAACAUUACUGAGGAACAAAAUUUCCAAAAGGAACAUCUUAAAGAGAAUAAUUGCGAAGAAAAGAAGUUGAAAGAUAAUGAACCUGAGGAACAAAAAGAAGAAUUCAAAGAUAUUGAUAAAGCUCAAUUUAAAGGCUUCUAUUAUAAAGAAGAAUCUCUAUCUACUCUCCAGAAGAAAACCUCAAAAGUGUGCCCCGAAGUAUUUUUAAAUGAAGGAGGCCAGGAAGAGCAUGCCCAAACAUAUAUAUCAAGCUUAUAGUAAACUCUGAAUACACAAGCUUCAAAGAGAUCCUGGAUACCCUGGACGAGCAGAGAGACUGUCUGAGCAUUCUCUUCAGAAUCAGAGAACUUGAAGUCAAGAUUAACUACUUAUUAAGCAGAGACAUAGACUAUGUUAAGCUCAAGAAAGGAAGUAUCAACUCUGAAAGCAUUAAGAAUAAAAUGAGAGGAAAUUUGAAAAAUAAAAAGGCUCGAGAAAAACUUAAGGAAGAACCAGGAGAGGAGUCAUUCCAUCAAUUGCUGGAGGAAAUCCCUAAUCAUGCAAAAUUGCGUCCAAUAAAGGCAAUUAACUCUAAAAACAAGACACCUCUGACUCACAGUUCUUACCCACAAAACCAGUCCACGAUCAACCCCGAACACAGAGGAGGUCAGAUUCGCCUGCUGCAGUACAAGCUUGAAGACUGCGAAUAUUUGUAA